AUGGCCGCGCUCCUCCUCCUCCUCCUUCUGCAGCUGCUCGCCUGCUCCCGCCGGGGCUCGGCCGCGUCCCCUGUCCGUCUCCAGCCGUCGCCCCUGCGGGUCAGCUGCCCGGGCCCUCACGGCCGAGUGUUCCAGCGGCAGGACAACGCGCACAGGGUGUCGUGCCUGUGGAACAGCACGGUGACCCUGCAUUACCAGCCGGCCCCAGGAGUAGGGCCGGAGGUAGAGGGGAAGGAGGGCCAGUCACCAUCCCCACCUUGCUGCCUCUGGUACCUGAACUCGGCCUCUGCGAGGAACGUCUCACGCUGGUCAGGCCAGGUGGUGCUGGAGAUGGGACAAGCUCCCUCACCCGGAGCCUCCAGCCUUCUUACAGUGCAAUGCUCGUCUGCCUCCUGCGCUGCACCCGAGUGCUCUCACCGCAACGUGAGCGUCGAGAUCUCGGGGCAGGACAUGCGGCUGUUCGUGCUUUGGCCGCAGACACACGUUAUCCAAGUGUGGCAGCCCGUGGAGCUGGGCUUUUGUGCACGCCUCAAGAGUGCCGGCUGGCAGUACCGCUUCAGCAGCCGAGGAGGUGACCCCUCGACUCUUCUCCUUCCCAGCAGUGAGCACCAGGACACACCAUCACCUGCUGUCUACCCAACAGUUGAGUUGCAACAGACCUGUGCCACCUACUACAGCUACCGCUGGACUGUGCGCUACAGGCACCCCGGGAUCCACGUUGCUGUGGUCAGUAUUGAGCAGAUGCCUCACAUAAGCCUCAACCUCUCUCUCAAGGUGGAGCCUGACUUGGUGCAUGUCCUCAGUAUCAGCUCCAAGCUCCUUAGUGUUCCUGAGCAGCCCCUCAGCUUAUCCUGGUGGCUUCAGCCCCUUACCCUGAGUACUCUUGCCUACACACUGGUGGACACUCAGGCUGUAGGAGGUUGGCUCCACUCCUACAGUUCAUUUACGCUGUCGAGCAACUUCUGUGCUGUUUCUACACCUCAGAGCCUGGAUGAGACAGUGGUGGCCAGCAUUUACUUCCAUGUUGAUGGAAAGAGGUUUGAGGAAUUGAGGGGGGAACUGCACCUGCACAAUGGUACCCUGAACUUAACUGCUGGCAACGAAACUCCCAUCCAUGUCAACCUCUGUCCAGGGAAGACCAACAGCAGCACUUACAUUUUCAGGUACAACCAGGGAACAUUUUACACAUCUAAAGACAACAACAGCACUUUUUCCAUAGAUCUCCCUAACACACGCACUGUGUUCUACCAAUACAAGGAGCUCUCCUACUUAUUCACCAUAGAGUUUCUGGCCUUACAGUUGUACAAGUUCAAAAUGUAUCUUUAUAUGAAUCAGAAGAGGGCUUUGAUUAGGUCACUGGCAGAAAGAGACCUUGACGUCUACAUUUUCAGCAGUGGCCGUCCUUCUUUUCUCCAGAACUUUAGUUAUUUAGUGUGGUUUAUCCCUGCACAAUAUCCGAUGCUACAGUGUGAGUGGACCUUCUAUCUACAGCUUUUUGGCCCAAAAAAAGACCAUGUUGUCCAGAGCAGCAUGUACACAUACAACGACCACGUUAAAAAUGCCAUGCGUUUUGUCCGUCGCUCUGCUUUACCCUUUGAUCCAGAGAAAUACACAGGGUUUGUGGCAAAAGUGAACUGCACCAGCAGUGAACCUACACCAGCUCGUUUAAGCAUCAGGGUCAACAACUAUACUGCAAAAACCAUAGAAGCACCAGUGGUUUGUGAGAAAAAAGAAUGUAAGAUAAUAAGGUGUUGGAUUCAGAGACCUGAUCACACAUCCAUGAUCUUGUACCAGAAAAGGGCAUCAUCUUUUUACCUCUUUGUCAGGCUGAACGUAGACUGCCACAUUGGCAUAUCUAUCAAGCCUUUAUGGCAGGUCUAUCCUGCUAAGGACACAAAAACUGAGCCAGACUGGUCAAAGCCAGUAAACACUUCUGCAAUGUUUGGCAUAAAAAUGAUACAUUUAACUGUUCCCAGUAAUUAUUUAGAUUAUGGGUUGUAUUUGUUUUAUUUCACUGUUGAGGUAAUGCCAAUUAGGACCUCAAUAGUCCUCAAGGCCUAUGAUAUGAUUUAUGUUCAGAUUGAGAGAGCUGAUCUAUUGGCAAACAUUUCAGGAGGCUCGGUCCGCACAGUAGGUUUUUCUGAGAGCUGGACUCUUGAUGGCUCUGAAUCUUCUGAUCCUGAUUCACAGGAAGGACCACUGAUAUUUACUUGGUACUGCACCAGAGAUGCGGCAGACUAUCAAACCAUGAAAUUCAAUCCAAAAACCAGAUGCCAUCCGUUCCAGAAGGAUUUGAGAUGGAUAACACCCUCAGGUCCCAUUCAAAACAUACCACCAGAAACCCUCCCAGGAAACACCUUAUACUACUUUCGCCUGAUGAUUCAAAAGGGCAGAAGGAAGGCUUAUGCUAAUCAAGUUGUAGAGGUGGAUCCUGGCCCUCCACUCGUUCUGGAUGUGAAAUGCAUUGAAAACUGUGGUAGCAGUUUAAUUCCAACAGAGAGAUUUGCCCUAUCUGGAAAAUGCUCAAACUGUAAACCAAGCAACAAGCCACUAUAUUACUGGUCCCUUUUUUCAGACACCUCUAAAGAAAUUAAUUUCGAUUGGGCUUCCAAAACAUCAACGGGGAGGACUGGGGCUUACCUGUCUAUACAUGCCAUGACUUUCACUAAGCCUGCAUAUCCACACUACAUACUUCACUUAAGCGUCACUACCUGGGAUGGUAGAACUGCCUCCUACAGAAAAACCUUUUCAGUAAACUCUCCACCUCGGGCCGGCAGGUGUAACGUCAGCCCCCGCCACGGUAUAGCCUUUCUGACAAAAUUUGUUGUUAAGUGUAGAGGAUUUCAUGACAGCCAUUUACCUCUGACAUAUAAAGUGAUAGUAGCUUCCAACAUACCCCAAACUACCACAGUAACUUCUGUGGUGGAAAACACUUUUGGCAUAAUUCUGUACUUUGGUUCUGAGCCUGAAACUCCUCCGUCUUUUCUCCCAGUCGGAGUGCGCCCUCGCAGGUACACUUUGACACUUUAUGUUCAAGUCCGUAAUUCCAUCGGGGCAUUUACCCAGGCGAGUUUACGUGUCUACGUAAAGAACCCCCUUAAAACUCAAUCCCUUUCGGCUGUGUUUGACCAACUGCUGGCUUCAGCAAGCGAUUUAAGCAUGAAAAAAUCUGCUCAGCAGACUGGGGAUCGUCUCAGAGCUGGUUAUUUGGCUUAUCUUGCAGCCGUACUCUUAAACUAUGUUAAAGACACACAAACUGUCGAGCUCCCUCAGGCUCGGCUUCGGGAAACUGUGGUUAAAACAGCCUUGAAUAUUUCAGUAAACAGCAUCAUGGAAGUCAACCAAGUAGCGGCCGUUCUUUCUGAAGUCACAGAGGCAGUUGAGAGAAUGAAUGUUAGAUCACAAGACCUUGCCAUUGGGAAACUAACAGAAGUAACAGGAGUUUUGAAGACACAGAGGAGUCAGAUCCAUUGGUCUGAAGAAGCAGAAAUUCAGACCAGUGGAAUACUAAGAUGCUUGUCCAACGUCCUGAGAGCUGAUCUUCUGAGUCUCAAAAAUGUCAGUGAGGAUGGAAUUAAACAUGUUUUCUCCAUCAUGGAAGGUGUAACAGAUAUAGUUUUCUGGGGAAAAGUCCCUGAAGAAAUAGAAACUCUAAUAGAAACAGGACACUGGAAUAUCACUCUGAAGAAAAAUGAAGCCUGGAACAUUUCAAAUCAUUUGCCUGACACAUACACCUGCCACAAUUGCUUUUAUCCAACACUGAAAAAAGGAGAUGCUUCAGGAGUUACGGCGGAUACUGUGUUUUCCACUGCGAUUUUUGAAUUUGAUGAGAGCCCCUUCCCUUGGUUAGGUUACACAUCAGAUAUGAUAUCAAUGGUCAUGGGGUUUAAAAUAGCAGAGACUAGGGCUAAUGGGGAUGUGGUUCCGAUCACGCCUGAAAGAACAGACAUUUAUCUUGCCAGGAAAGGUGGAGCUGGAAUUUUAAAUUUAGUGAUGGGACCCGAUAGAACACAAACUAUAACAACUGGAGGAUUUCAACUGGAGGUCAAUAAAACUACCCCGAGCAUAUACUUCCAGAUCAUGACAAAGUUAAAAGCUACUUUCAAGGUGUUGAUAUUUCCAGGUACCAAUCUCACAAACGCUCAGCCCGUAGCCUCGCUUGUCGCUUCUCACGACAAGCCAACAGUUGCAAGUGGAAAUGACACAAGCACUGCCGACUGUAGCAGUUCAGGUCCGUAUAUAGUCUGUCUCCCACAGUCCCUGCUGACAACCAUAGUGCAGGCAAGUGGCGAAGACACUCACAACGUCUCCAUUGUUUUGGAGACACGCUAUAUCUUAAGGUACCCAAACCGGAAACUGGUGGGCAUAUACAUCUUUAAUGACUACUGCCUAUUUCUGGAUGGAGUUGGAAGUCAGUGGAGCAAAGACACGUGCAAGGUUGGCUCCUUGACCAACUCGCAGAAGGUCCACUGUGUCUGUGACUCCAGGCGGAAUCGCAGGAGUCUGGCAGCCCUUCCUGCACCCAACAUCAAGUUCCUAGCAGCCAAAGUAGUAGUUCUUCCCAACACAGUAGAUCUGGGGAGAAACCUGAUAGCAGACUUACCUAAAAACCCACUGACACUCAUAACAGUGCUCUGUAUUUUCGCCGUCUACUUGCUUUUGUGCUGCUGGGCUAUAAGAAGAGACAGAAUUGAGAAGGAGAUCAAGUACAUAAUUGUUCUGCCAGACAAUAAGGCCUCGGAUAAAGGGAGCUUUCUGGUCACUUUGUACACAGGCAGUUGCUGGAAUGCUGGGACCAAAUCCGAGGUCUUUCUGCAGCUCAUCGGCCAGUCUGGCAGGAGUACAUUCCGUUGUUUGUGGCACCAGCCUUCCCCAGCUUUCCAGCGGGGAAGCGUUGAUUGCUUUCUGGUAACUACUAAAAAAGACUUGGGAGAUAUUCGUUCCUUCAGGGUCAGGCUCAAUAACGAGGGCAAAUCUCCAACCUGGUUCUUAAGCAGAGCUGAAGUUGAGGAUGUGUCCACCAGGAAGGCCUGGUUCUUUCUGUGCAGAAAAUGGCUUUUCUUUGAUGAGAACAAGCCCUCACAAAACUGGAAGUUUUCUGUCACAGACCCCCAGGCACCUCUACCCAAAUUUGACUAUUUUCUUAUUAAUUUUAACAGGAGACUGACAGAGUACCAUCUAUGGCUCUCAAUUUUUGCUCCUGUUGUCACUGGGGCUUUCACCAGGUUCCAAAGGUUGUCUACAUUUUUAGCAGUAAUAUUAUUCACCUUGCUUGUUAACAUUAUGUUCUUUAAUGCUGAAAAGAGUGAUGAAACUCCAAUAUACCUGAGGUAUUUGAGAUCAAUAGCAGUAGGAAUUGAAUGUGCUUUGCUUACGCUCCCUGUGGAAAUGUUAAUAAUUGCCUUAUUUAAGUAUUCCCAGAAGGAUCCUCCUCCUGUUGUGACUAAGAUGUACCCAAAGGUAGAUUCUAGGUACUGGAGUAAUUGCAUAAUAUCUGAAGAGGAUGCAAAUGUAAUUGACACAGAGGAACAGACGCUCACUAAGGAGGAUAAAAGAUCCAAGAAGCCAAGUUCCAGUUUCGCAGAAUGGGGCAUCUUUUCCAAAUUUAGGAGACUAAGCACUACCGUCAGGCAGCUUCGCAAGAUCUCAGACACUGAGCCCUUGCUGUGCUGGUGGUGUGUCUCUGUGGCCUGGGGACUGGUUCUGAGCAUAACUGUGCUCUCAUCCUUCUUCAUUGUGCUCUAUGGUUUGUCCUAUGGCUACCAGACUUCCCGAGAGUGGCUCAUAGCAUCGGGAACCUCCAUAAUUGAGAACGUGUUUUUCCAUUCAAUUCUGAAAUCCUUACUUUUGUCAGCUGUGAGCACAAUUCGUCCCAAAUACCUUGAAGACAUCAGAUGGGUAACUCGGGAAAAAAAUGUGGAGAUUAACUCAGCUGAAGAACCUGAGAAAGGUACCUGAAACUUGCUGACGUCAGACGUGCCGAGCAGUAUCAGCCUUUGGAAGCUGAUGAAAGCAAAC